AUGGUGUCGUGCGGGGCUUUCCACAGCUUCUUCUUCGAGUACGACACCCCCCGCAUCGUGCUGAUCCGCAGCCGCAAAGUGGGGCUCAUCAACCGCGGGGUGCAGCUCGCCAUCCUCGCCUACGUGAUCGGCUGGGUCUUUUUGUGGGAGAAGGGCUAUCAGGAAACAGACUCUGUGGUCAGUUCUGUAACCACAAAGGUGAAAGGAGUAACGCUGACAAACACAUCCGCCUUGGGAGCCAGGAUCUGGGAUGUGGCUGACUAUGUCAUCCCUCCUCAGGAGGAGAACACUGUGUUUGUCAUGACCAAUGUGAUACUCACGCUGAACCAGCGCCAAGGCCACUGCCCAGAGCUUCCAGAUGAUAAAACAGAGUGCAAGGGGAAGAACAACUGUGUCCCAGGAUAUGUCAGCACCCACAGCAAUGGCAUCCAGACUGGGGAGUGUGUACCGUACAACAACAGCAUCAAGACCUGUGAAGUCUUUGCGUGGUGCCCUGUGGAGGAUGACUAUCAUAUACCCAAGCCAGCGUUCCUUCAAGAAGCUGAGAACUUCACCAUUCUGGUGAAGAACAACAUUUGGUAUCCCAAGUUCAACUUCAGCAAGCGAAACAUCCUCCCCACUAUCAACUCCACCUACCUCAAGAACUGCAUCUACGAUUCCCAGACAGAUCCAUUCUGCCCUAUCUUUCGUUUAGGGAAAAUAGUUGAAGCUGCAGGGCAGAACUUCCAGGAAAUGGCUGUGGAGGGUGGAGUCAUGGCGCUGCAGAUCAACUGGGACUGCAACCUCGACAGAGCUGCUUCCCACUGUGUGCCAAAGUACUCCUUCCGACGCCUCGACAACAAGGACUCUGCCCACACCGUCUCGCCUGGCUACAACUUCAGGUUUGCAAAAUACUACAAGGAUAGUAAUGGCACUGAAUCACGGACACUUGUCAAAGCUUAUGGCAUCCGCUUUGAUAUCAUAGUGUUUGGAAAGGCAGGAAAAUUUGAUAUAAUUCCUACCAUGAUUAACAUCGGCUCUGGCUUAGCGCUGUUUGGCGUGGCAACAGUGCUGUGUGACAUUGUUGUUCUGUAUUGCAUGAAGAAGAAAUACUACUAUCGGGAGAAGAAAUACAAAUAUGUGGAGGAUUAUGAACUGGUGAGCAUCAGUGAAGGCAGAGUGAAGUCAAAGUUGCUUUCUCUUCUGACUCUGGAGAGAUUCUGA